UCCCCGACAGCUUUGCAGGGUGACGCAUGACGCAUUUGGAGGCGCGGCACUCUUGUCCUAUAAAUUCCCAGCCUGAGCUCAUCCAGCUACAAGCAAAGCGAGGUGAGACCGCUUCGAGCACUCCCCGGUAUUUACCGCAGCACCACUGAGCGCCGGGUGCAGCUCGCUACCAUCAUGAUCAAAAAAAUGUCUCAGUCCGAGAAUGAGUUCGACAUACCGGACAAGAACUGCCACCGGAUGGUGAUCCUGGGUUCAACUAAAGUUGGAAAGACAGCCAUCAUCUCUCGGUUUCUCAACGAGAGAUUUGAUGACCAGUACACGCCGACUAUUGAAGACUUCCACAGGAAAUUCUACAGCAUCAGGGGGGACGUUUACCAGCUGGACAUUCUGGACACAUCUGGAAACCAUCCUUUCCCUGCAAUGAGGAGACUUUCUAUUCUAACUGGUGAUGUUUUCAUCUUGGUAUUUAGCCUCGACAACAGAGACUCCUUCCAGGAGGUGCAGCGCCUGAAGGGUCAGAUCCACGAAACCAAGUCCUGCCUGCGCAAUAAAACUAAGGAGAAAGUUGAUGUUCCGCUCGUGAUCUGCGGCAACAAGUGCGACAGAGACUUUUACCGGGAGGUGCAGGACGAGGAGAUAGAGCAGCUGGUCAGUGGAGACCAACAGUGUGCAUAUUUUGAAAUAUCUGCAAAGAAGAACACCAACAUUGACCAGAUGUUUCAGAGUCUCUUCACUAUGGCCAAGCUGCCGAACGAGAUGAGUCCCGACCGCCAUCGCAAAGUCUCCCUGCAGUACUGCCACGUUCUGCACAGAAAAUCAUUCAGAAAUAAGAAGUACAAAGACGGGAACGCGUAUGGGAUUGUGGCACCGUUUGCGCGGAGGCCGAGUGUGCACAGUGACCUGAUGUACAUUAAGGAGAAAACGAUAGGAGGCAGUCAGACCAAAGAGAAAGGCUGCACCAUCUGCUGACAGUGUGCAGGAGCCUUUCUAAGGCUGAAAGAACUGUUGUGCUUACAAAACACGAGACCAAAAACUGUUGAAAUCUUGAUCCAACUUGGGUUGAGGGGUGCAUUACGCUCUAAAGAUGCUGUACAGUCUGUCCGCUUUCCAAAAGUGGCACUGAAGUGAAAAAGUUUACAUUUUGUCUAACUUGAAUGUUUGUUGCAGAAUGAACAAUUUGAAUUCUGUGUAUUUAUUAUGUCCUUGUUUUGCAUUAAGAGAAAAUAAAAUGGUUGCUACUUUUAUAAUCUGA